AUGCUGCUGCUCCUCAUCGUAUCCAUUGUCAAUAUGCUUUUUGGUGUUGGAAUGGUUUGCAUGCCCCUGUCAGACAACGGGCCCCACAUUGCCCACGGCUGGGCCCAGGUGGUCCGGCUCAGGCACCUUUACGCCACCAGACCGGGAAUGCACCUGCUGAUCAGUGAGGGUGGACAGAUCCGUGGUUCUGCCUGUUUCUUCACUGUGGGGAACAUUUCCAUUUUAGGCCUAAUGGAGAUUCGUCCAGUCGGUCCAGGCCGUGUUGUCAUCAGAGGGGUAGCAACCGCAAGGUUUCUCUGCAUAGAAGACGACGGCACACUGUACUCAUCGCACGCCUACAGCAGAGAGGACUGCAUCUUCAGAGAGCAGAUCUUGCCAGAUGGGUACAACAUCUACAUCUCUGACAGACAUGGAGUCCUGCUCAGUCUGGGAAACCACCGGCAAAGACUGCAGGGCUUAGACCGAGGAGAUCCAGCCCUGGCCCAGUUCCUCCCCAGGAUCAGCACUCUGAAUCAAAUCCCUUCCCCUGGGGCAAACAUCGGUGACCACAUGAAAGUAGCAAAAACAGAAGAACCUGUGGACACAAUAGAUUCAUUUGGAAAGUUCUCUCAGAUCAUUGACAGUCCCAGCUUCCAUAAGAGAUGAGACUGCAACUCUAAGACACCUGUUAAUGCAUGUGCCAAGGGGUGUCUGUGCACUCUUCUCUGAGUGUUGUAAAACCAGCGACUGGGUGCAGCAUUCCUGCACCGGGGAAAGUACCUGCCAGCACUAUUAAGUCCAAAAGACUACAAGUGACCCAAAAGACUACAAGAGCAGCAUCCAACAGAGUGGAGAAUGACAGCUGUCGUCUGUAUGCUCUACAGGACACUGGUACGACAAGGCGAGGGUGCUCACUGAUCACAGGCAAACAAAAAGCAGCACAAACACAUGCAGGAACUCAGACUGACUGAGAAGGAGCAACGUAAAUGCUGUAACAUUAAAGAAAGAGUCCGACAUAAUGCCUAUUAGGCCUUUCCAUCACGUAUUCCUGAAAUAUGAAGCAGGAUUUGGGCUUAGUGAGGAAACCUCUGGUUUAACCUUGGGUUUUACUGUCAUUGAGGUGCUCCACUUUUCACAUCGCCACAGUAAAUUAUGCUCUGGAGCAGAUAGUGUUCAAGAUAAGCAAUCAACACAUACAAAACCUUGGCGUGCAGGCAAUGAGAGGGUUUCUAGUUUGUGAACAUUUUUAAAGACUUUUCCUGAAAACCAUCAAUGGAUUUUUUUUUUUACUUCUGUGUUAAGCCAGACCCUCUUAUGCAUAUAUGAUGUAGCAGUGAUGCUGAUAAGUUGACACGCAACUGGAUUUUUUACUAAUUUAUUUAAUUUCAUUUUAACCUAAUUUAAUUUUUCCCAGCUUUUCAGUUUUACAGACCACUCAAAACUCUUAACACUAUAAAUUAAACACUUCUUAAUACAACCUUUUUAAUAUUGCUUAGCCUGAUGUCAGUAGUGGGGUAGGUUCAAUCAGAUGAGGUAUACAGAUGAGGAUAAUAUGGAUAUGUUGAACUUGCUUUAUAGAACUGGCCUCUGUAGGAAAGAGGGCAAGUGGUGACUGAGGGUAGACUAUCUUUCUGAAUUGAAGAUGAUGUGUAGAAUAAGAUCAACACAAAGCAUGCAGGAGGCAGUACCUGUUUGGACAUCCAUGUUUUCACACUGAGCUCUGUCAGGUAAUGUCUGAAGAACUUCACGAGUACAGUAUAUAGUGUAGAUGGUACUGUAAAACUACAGCAAAUACUUUAGUUUUUAAAUAUCAGUGUCAUUCCUGUUUAAUCAUUGUACCUUCAUAUUUCCUUAAUAUGUCCUGUUUCCUGUUACAUGUAAGGAUGUAGGGGUGUGUGAGUGGCUCAUCCAGUGGUUUGCAUCUUAAGCUCAAUACUGUACACCAGUUUGUCACAGACGCAUUCAUCAGUGUGUGAUAGAUUGUUGUAUAAAGCGCUAUGAGUGCUCCAGGAAAGCGCCAUAUAAGAAUCAGUCCACUUAGCAUUUCAUCCAUGAUAGAUCAUAUAUCCAAUGAGGUGGUAUACUAACCUCUGUGAAUGUGAUUUGCAGUCAAAAGUACUUUAUAUAUGUACUAAUUUAAUGUGAUAAACCAUUUCAAGCUUGGUCACUGUGCAGUUCUGUUGCUCUUAGAUAUAUUUAAAAAAAAUUAUAAAUAAUCACACGCACAGCACACUAAGUAUAUCAAAGAAGCACUUACUACAGUAAUUAGCAAUGUAUAAUACCAACAGGCUAUGUGCUGCAGGCUUUUAAGCUGGCUAUAAAUAAACAAUUGCUUAAAUACCUGGUACUAUAUCCAGCUGUUAAAGUUCAUUACAGUCCAACAGUGCUUUUACUUUGAAACUUCUUAAAUGAGCUGUUUUAAAUUGUCCAUGGUUUAUUUGAAGAAUUUCAGAGAGGGUUUAGAGCUCAUCAUGGCACAGAAAAACAUUUUUAAAAAAUAUGAAGAGGUUAAUAAAUGAAAGUCUAAACAUGAUACUAUAAGCGGCUUAAAUCUAAAUUUAAUGCAGGUAUUGUGCUAUGGGGGUAAAGAUUUUCUUUAUCUGUCCUUGUGGUACUGAGACAGAGAUGUUAGAGAAAGUGUUCAACUGCACUCCCAGUAAGUAGCGCAGUCAGGAUCCAUUAAUUAUCCACAGCCACAGAGCUCUGGAUGACCUCUGCUUCAGAAAGAGCAUUAUUGUUGUCCAAACAGCUCACAUUCAGCUCCAGCACUUUAAGCCUGCCUUGCCUGGAUUAUAGGUACUGAUGGCCAAAUGAAGCUUUCUGAAGCAUUGAAGCUUGUGUUGAAAUACGGUUCAUUACUCUAAGCAUUUCAACACAGUCCUCUCUGGUGACAUCUGGUGGACAAAAAUAUGAAGAGCAGCUUGAAUCUACAAAAUCAAAUGAACUACUUCAUGAUGACUGCCCAUUCUACAGAGUGGAGUUCACAAUUCUGUCUGAUAUUGGGCCACCAUUGUGUUGCUUUGAAAAUGUAUUUUUUGGGGUAAAAAAAAUUGUUAUGUUUAUUUGUUUAAUAAAUAAUUUUCAUC